AUGGCGACGCCAUCGCCGCCGAAGCCGUGGGAAAGAGGACGCGCUGCCUCAUCGUCGGCAUUAACUUCAUCCGCCGCCAUACCCACAUCAUCACCAUCAUCAUCAGCAAACAUCACCGGCACCGCUGCGACUCCUGCAUUGCCAUCGCGACCAGAAUCCCUCAACUCGGUCGUGGAUCGCACCGCUUCCAAUUUCGCCGGCAACCAGCCCUAUCAAUCAUCACCGUACGGCUACGGCGGCGGCACAAUGUCUUCGCCUUACUCACGCUACGGCUCCAGCUACGGUGGAGGCAUGUACGGAGGUGGCAUGUAUGGCGGAGGAGGAGGCAUGUACGGCGGAAGCCCCUAUGGUGGCAUGGGAGGCAUGGGUGGUAUGGGCGGCAUGUACGGCAACGGCUACGGCGGCAUGGGAGGUCCCAUGGGCGGUCCCAAUGGCCAGAGCUUGACGCAGACUUUCAGCCAAAGCACCCAGACCACCUUCCAGCUCAUCGAGAGCAUCGUAGGAGCCUUUGGUGGAUUUGCUCAAAUGCUGGAGAGCACAUAUAUGGCAACCCACUCGAGUUUUUUCGCAAUGAUUUCAGUGGCUGAGCAGUUCGGUAACUUGCGCCAAACACUAGGUCAAGUUCUGGGAAUAUUUACCAUCAUCCGCUGGAUACGCACAGCAAUGGCGAAAUUGACCGGUCGCCCUCUUCCUGCAAGCAGCACGGAGCUCACCCCUGCCAACUUCGCCAACUUCAAUGGUCGUCUCCCUGACGGCUCUCCUACACCUCCUCGUGCCAGCAAGAAGCCUUUCGUCAUGUUCGUCGUUGCAGUCUUUGGUCUGCCUUACCUCAUGGGCAAGCUGAUUCGCGCUUUGGCUCGCAGCCAAGAAGAGGAAGAGCAACGCCGCCUUCAAGCCGAGGGUCCUCAACAACCUCUUGAUCCUUCUAAGCUCGACUUCUGCCGAGUCCUCUACGACUUCAACCCUGAAGCCAACGCAAAUGUUGUACAAGGUGUUGAUCUUGCCGUGGUCAAGGGUGACCUCGUAGCCGUAUUGAGCAAAACCGACCCUCUAGGAAAUCCCUCAGAGUGGUGGCAGUGCCGUGCUCGUGAUGGUCGCAAGGGUUACCUCCCCGCUCCUUACCUGGAGACAAUUCAGCGCCGUCCACAAGGCCAAAUCACCAGCGGUAACAGCCCUGCAGGAAGUCGUGCUCAGACAAUGACCACCGCGAGCAGCGAUAGCCGCUCAAAUACCAUGACCGAUAGAGAGAAGGAGCUUGUCAAGGCUGCCCCUAGAGACCUGCCCCCCAGUGUGCAAGGCAAGGCUGGCGAUCUUGGCGUUGAGAGUUUCCAGAAGGGUCAGUUCUAUUCAUGA